AGGCUGGUGGUGGUGGUAAGAAGGGUGGUAAGAAGAAGGGUUCUUCUUUCCAGACUGUCUCAGCUCUUUUCCGGGAGAAUUUAAACAAGCUGAUGGCUAACCUGAGAAGCACUCACCCCCAUUUUGUACGAUGCAUCAUCCCAAAUGAAACAAAAACACCUGGUGCCAUGGAGCAUGAGCUGGUGCUGCAUCAGCUGCGAUGCAAUGGUGUGCUGGAAGGGAUCAGAAUUUGCAGGAAAGGAUUCCCCAGCAGAGUCCUGUAUGCUGACUUCAAACAAAGAUACAGAGUGCUUAAUGCAAGUGCUAUCCCAGAGGGACAGUUCAUGGACAGCAAGAAGGCUUCAGAGAAGCUCCUAGGGUCCAUUGAUGUAGACCACACCCAAUAUAGAUUUGGUCACACCAAGGUGUUCUUCAAAGCUGGACUGCUAGGACUCCUGGAGGAGAUGAGAGAUGACAAGCUGGCAGAAAUCAUCACUCGCACACAG